CCAACUCUGCUGAGAUGACGAAGAAAUUGCUCAAAUUUCAUAUUAUCCUGGACCGGGAGUCGCUGCUAUAUCUUCCCGGUCAGGUACUGGCCGGUCGGGUGCUGCUGGAGACGCAGGAAAACACAGCUGUGCUGGGUCUGCACUUCCACGUGCUCGGCGAGUGCACGGUGCACGUGGCCAAGGGCGCCACCACCCGCAGACGAGAAAAAUCGUACGAUAAGGAAAACUACAUCGACUUUCGCAUGAAGCUGCUGGACGAUUUCGACAACAAAGCGAUUCUGCUAGCGCCCGGAGUGCACUGCUUCCCGUUCAAGCUCGGUCUGCCGGUGUCGCUUCCGUCUACCUUCAUCGGGCAGCACGGCUGGAUUCAGUACUACUGCAAGACUAGCCUGCAGGAGUCGUCCGGAAUAACGCACCGCAAUCAGCAGGUGUUCAUCGUGCUGAACCCAAUUGAUUUGAACCUGGAGGAUCCGCUACUGAGUGAUCCGGUGGAGGCAAGCUUGAGCCACCGAGUCGGAGUUGGUUAUCUUGGUGGAACAAUCCGUUGUAAUAUUGGAUUGGACAAAAGGGCAUACGUACCGGGGGAAAACAUUUUACUCACUGGCGAAAUAAGAAAUCAAAGUAAUGUUACCGUAAAAGCUCUCAAAUAUGCCCUGAUUGAGACCAUCCAAUACUAUGCACACGGCAAACUGUUGCACCAGGAGCGCCGAGAGCUGGCCGCAGUCGUACGUGACCGUAUCAAGUCCGGUGGACGGGAUGUGCUACAAAACGGGCAUCUCACCGUGCCCCCGCUGCCACCGACAAACCUGCUCGGUUGUCAUCUGAUUAGAAUCCAGUACAGCGUCUGUAUUCUCAUCGAGCCUAAUCUGAUGGAGCGGCAGCAAGUGCUCAAGGUGCCCAUCACGCUCGGUACCUAUCCGUUCAAGCGGGACGACCAGGAUCUGCGCGAAUGGGUGGAAAACUAUGUCCGCUAUCCGGCUACGCUGCCCGUCGCUCGCACCACCCCAGCAAGCCACCCGGCAUCCUAG